GCUAGGAGUUGAUGGCGUUGCGUUUGACAUGUAGGUUGUCUGAUAACUUUCUCUAGCAAUGUACGUCAGUUAACUGAGUUCCUGAGAAACAACUUGGACUUAUCUUGUUACUGUGAACUGGAUUUGAGGCCACUGAAUGCCCACUCUGCAUCUGCCAAUGGAUGGAGCUUCAGUUGUAACAAGAGCACCUCUACCUCCUGUUCUUCCUGAUCCAUCCAGCUGCUUUCAAAAUGAUACCUCGCCUUUUAGACGUACUGUACAACCCCUACUCCUUGCCCCUCUCCCACCACCACCACCACCACCUCCUCCACCACCUCCACCAGUCCUACCACCUCCACCACCCCUACCACCUUCACAUAUGGGGGACCCCUUCACACGGACUGUCCACCAGCGCUCCAAAAUGCGUAACUUCAACUGGGACGCCAUCCCCAGGCACAGCGUGUUGGGCAAGCGCAAUGUGUGGACGUCCCAGCUCAACCUUGAGAACUUUGAGCUGGACACUAAGCACAUGGAGGAGCUUUUCAGCCACAACGAGCACCACGGUUUGGUCCGGAAGGGUGGGACAGUCAGAAAAAGUGUGUGGGGAAUUUCGCAAACUGUCACCGAUUCAGAGAAUGUCUCAAUCCUCAACUCAAAGAAAAGUAUGAAUAUUGGGAUUCUGCUAAAGCAGUUUAAAAGGUCGACAAAGGAUAUUGUGGAAGCUGUCAGGCACGGUAGCCUGUGCUUUGCCUCUGGGAAACUGAGGGAGCUCAGUAAACUGCUGCCCGAUGACAUGGAGUCAAAGAAGCUGAUGUCAUUCAAUGGGGAUUUAUCUCAGUUAAAUGAGGCUGACCGUUUCAUGGUGAUGCUAGUUCAAGUGCCAGGGUAUAAAUUAAGAUUAAAGGGCCUGCUUCUCAGAGAGGAAUUUUUCCCAUUUAUAGAGGAAAUCAAACACUCCAUUGCUAUCAUGACAACAGCUGCUAAUGAAUUGCUGGCAUGUGAUGACUUGCAUUCAAUCAUCAGACUGGUGCUGAAGGCUGGUAACUACAUGAAUGCUGGUGGCUACGCAGGAAGUGCUAUCGGCUUCAGGAUGACGUCGUUACUCAAAUUGGUGGACACCAAAGCAAAUAAACCUGGAAUGAACCUCAUGCACUAUGUAGCUAUGCAAGCCCAACAGAUUGAUGAAGCUUUGCUGCGGUUCCCAGAACAGCUUCAACACAUUGGGAUUGCUGCAAGGAUCCAAAAACAGGAGGUGGAGGUGGACUUUCAAAGGGAAUUUGACAAAAUCAGGGAAGCAAAGAUGAAUGCUAGUAAACAGCCAGAUCUACAACAUCAGAUGGAAGCAUUUCUUCUUAUGGCAGACAUUCGGCUUGCAGAUGUGGAAGCCUCCCUUCGUGAACUUUACAUCAUUGGUAUCUCUGUGGCAGAGUACUUCUGUGAAGACCCAGCCACAUUUAAACUAGAGGAGUGCUGCUCAAUCUUUCAUUCCUUCUGUGAGAGGUUUGAGAGGGCUAUACAGGAGAACCGGGAGCGAGAGGCUGCUGAGAAUCGCAAGCGACUACAAAGAGACAGGGAGAAGCUUACCAAAUCAGUCAAGCGUCGAUCCACCGGCUCUUGCUCUGGCCAGGAUUUGACUGUGGAUGCUUCGGCACUAGAAUCUGCCCUGACAAGCUUCCUCAGCCGUCGUCCACGCAGGAGGCCCGGUGGGUUCACGCCUGUUGUGGACCCCUUUGAGUUUGGGGAGUGUCAGGGCAGGGGAGAUCAGGACAGCCCUGCAGAAACCAAUGAGGAGCAAACCAUCUGUGACCCUGGAAGCUCAAGGUUUCGAGAACCAGAGGAUAGCUGCAAAACAGAGGACAUGUCACCCUGUGACGUCAGUGAUGUUCAGCAGCCACAUGCUGCAUCUAAGAGAGGACAGUGCAUUGUUGACAAUCUUAUUCUUGAAAGCAGUGACUGCAACCAAGUUAUGUGCACUGACACCUCAACCAGACAAGAUUUUGUGACUUCUGAGGUCAAGGGAGAGGUGAAGGACAUGUAUAAAGGAGAGAUGAAGAAAGAAAGGGAUGAGGAAGAAGUUGAGAAAAAAGAGGGAGCAGACAAAAUGCCUGAGUUCUCUAGGAAGGUCUUCCACUUCGAGGAUUGCAGUGGAGGCCUAAAUGAAAAUGCUACACCUGAUCGUUCCAAAGCUUCUGGUGUGUGCACCUCCACCCCUCGACAAAGGGAUGUAAGAGAGGUGGAUCUGGCCUUGCAGAAUGGGCUUGGAGGUCUGGGAUCACCAUGGACCAUUCUCAGCCCUCGAAUCUCUCCUCGCAAUACGCCCCACCGCAGGCACUCCUUCUCUAUCUCUAGGAUGGAUAUACUUGAUGAUGGGGUUUGGGCUUUACCUGACACUCCUGUUCGCAGCAAAACCCAACACUUGGCACAUAUUGUGGGGACUUCUUCCUCGCUACCAGACUGUCCUUCAAAGCGAACCCUAGCACAGCGAAGUAUUGGGAGGUCUGUCUCACUUCCUGAUGAAAAUGAACCAAUGCCCAACUUCAAGUUGGGGCAGUUCUUGCUGAGACGCAAAGGACAGGACCUUCCUUCUGAUAAACGACCUCUAGAAACCUCUGCACUUGUGACUUUCUUUCGACGCUUCGGAGAUCGAAACAGGGCUGGAACUGUCGGUUAAGAAGUGGCAUUUCCUUUUAAGGGAAUUCAUUUGGUUCAUAUUUUAACAGAUUGAAAUAAUGCUCUUAUUUUAAACUCUUCUCUGCCAUUGCAAAGAACUUUGUUUCCCUCACACAAGAUAUGAAGAAUGUUGACAAAUGGGAACUUGUCUCGUAACACUCUUGAUAUAAUUUGGGUUGCUAUCAAAGUUGCAUCAUAAUUGCA